AUGGAGACUCGAACUCCCGGAAUAGGAAGUACCAGAGGUUACGCCUCUAUCACUCAGGCCAGCUUAGAUGGAUCCAACUCUGUGAUUGAUGAAUUAAACUGUGUAUUAAAUGAAAAGAAAUUGGCCGUAGAAGAGGUUGAUUCAAGAAUGGGUUCAUUUGGAAAUGAAGAAAAUCCUGCUCCUGCUGGUGAUGGACAUUUGACAGUCUCAAAACAAAAGGAGAAAGAACUCGUUGAUGAAGUAACUCUAAGGACUUUGGAAGUGGAACAUCUUGAACGAGAAUUGGAACUGAUGAAAGCAGCAGCUGAAAUGGCAUUUGAUAACCAGCAGUCUAUUGACUUAUACCUUGACCAGUUGACUGAACAAGUACAUGCUAAAAGAGAUUACUUUUUGACUUUGGAAUCAGAAUGGGAUGAUGUAAGAAAAGCCUUGGAAGAGAGAAAGAAAACUCUUGAGGAAUCUCUAUAUUCAAAUAAUCCAGAUGCACAGGUAAUGCUCCAAAAGUUGAGAGAAGGGCAGCUGGAAGAACAGUUCAUUUCAUCUGAAAUUAGAAAGAGGGAGGAGGAACAUUCAAAACUUCUUGCAGGUCUGGAAAAGCAGCAGAAAGUAGCAUCUAGGAAAUCCUAUACUCACCGUAUUGAGGAGAUUACGAAAAAUAGCCGCAAACAAGAUGCUGAUAUUGAGAGAAUCUUAAAAGAAACCAGGGAGGUUCAAUUGGAAAGUAAUUCUAUCCAAGAAAGUUUGCAUCGGACGUAUGUUGUUGCCGAUGAAAUUGUCUUUAGGGAAGCAAAGAAAGAUCCAAUAGGGCAGCAGGUUUAUAAACUCCUGGUAAACAUCCAUAAAGGUUUCGAACAAAUACCUGAGAAAAUUCUGGCAACGGAUAGAAUUAGAAGAGAAGUAUCUGACUGUGAAAUGAAACUGGCAACCAUACCUUCCACUUCAAGAAGCUUAGAAGUGAGCAAGUUACAAUCUGAUCUUGAUGGUGUGAUUAUUAGGGACAACGAAAAGCCCAAAUAA